CAUGACCCAACCACCCAUCCAAAUCCAAACCACCACCCUCCUAGAACUCCAAUACCACGACAUCAUUGUCAGCCUGCACAGUGUCUUCAUCACCUUCCCCCACCUCCCCCUCGUCCCACGAGAGAGUCAUUACGCCGGCGCCCAUGCCGCCACAGCCCUCGAUCACGCCCUCGCCACCAUCCACACCAUCCACCGCCGCCUCAGUCAACAUGACAUCUUCCACGGCUCCUGCGAAAUAUACCAAUACCAAUGGAACGCAGUCUUAACCCUAAUCGGAUUCAUGCUCGCCUUCCCCUUCUGUCACCGCUGUCCGACAGCCCGGGAAUACGUCGAUAUCGCACUGGAGACAUUCGAGUUCGCGGGCCCGCAUAACGAGACUGCUGCGCGGGCGGCUUGUCUGACGCGACAUCUUCGGGCUAAGGUGGACAAGCUGACCAAAGUCUUGAACAUCGAUCACAGACGUGGCGAUGCUGGUGGUGGUAUCCAGCCUUCUUCGUCCUUAAACGCAGAAGCGGGCAAAAAGGAAUUGCUUCCCGAGCUGGAGAAGAAUACAGACCCCCUUUGGUCUUGGGUCGACCUUAUCGAUCCCAGUGUUUGGCCGAGUCAUUGCGAUGCGGUGAAUGAGGCGUUUACGGGGGCGCCGGAGAUGACGUCGUUGCAGGAUUUGCAAUUUUUGCCUUGACUGGUGUUCAAAUCCGAGCUGGACGUGAGCAAGUUGCUCAACUCGAUUCCAUUAACAAAGUCAUGGCUUUCUUGUUGUGGAGAGCGCACAUGCUGAAUCUUGAACUAUGGUACGACGUUUUAACGAGCGGUGGCAUGCCGUUCCAACCCCUGACAGAAACGUUUUUUUGGACUUGGUACCUUGACAAUCGAGGCCACGAGGUGAGAUUGUAGAUUGCCCGGCGGUUCAAGUUAGAUGCAAGGAAUAUCGACAAUAGGUGGUUUACCUGCCUGAAGAGGUAUCAGCUAAAGAUGUGUCGUGAGGAGACGUUAUGGAGGUAGUCAGAAG